UGCCUGGGAGCCGAGCCCGGCAGCGGGGCAUGUCCCAGGGCGAGUUCGCAGAGACUGCCGCUCUUCUCCGUCCCGCUCUCCUGCUGCCUUUAGGGCCUUAGGCUCUCUGCGUUAAGAAAUGGCCGGGGAGUCCAGCAAAGCCGUUAAGUACUACACCCUGGAAGAAAUCCAGAAGCACAACCACAGCAAGAGCACCUGGCUGAUCAUACACUACAAAGUGUACGAUUUGACCAAAUUUUUGGAGGAGCAUCCUGGUGGGGAGGAAGUCUUAAGGGAACAAGCUGGAGGUGAUGCUACUGAAAACUUUGAGGAUGUUGGGCACUCUACAGAUGCUCGAGAAUUGUCCAAAACAUUUAUCAUUGGAGAGCUGCACCCAGAUGACAGAUCAAAGAUAACCAAGCCUGCGGAAAGUAUUAUUACUACCGUUGAUUCUAAUUCCAGCUGGUGGACCAACUGGCUGAUCCCAGCUAUCUCGGCACUGGUUGUAGCCCUGAUGUAUCACCUCUACACUUCGGAAAACUAAACGCAUUCUCAGAAGCCAGUGGAAGAAAAGACUGCUUUGGUCCGGGAAGAAAGAAGCCACCACUCUUAACUUUGACUGACAGAACCCUUCACCUGAAAAUAAUCUGAAUACACCUGUUUUCCUUUCCUCCUACAUUAGACACAAACCAAAACUGUUCCAUUCUUUCAACUACUGAACUUCUAGAGUGUGCCUUCUUAUUCGUCACCUUUGUUCUGAUGUUCCAUCACUACAUCAUUUGCUUAUUGUGGACAAGGUCUUUUAAAACAUACCACCAUGCUGAGCUGUCUGUUGGGUAUAUAAUUGUCUUUCAUGUUUAGAAUCUGAUUACUUGGCGGUCAUUUAAUGCUCUCGUCUUUCAGACCCAAGUUGUCCAAGGUGAGGAGGGGUGUCCUUGGGUCAUUUGUUAUGCUGCUUCAUCUAAUUGAAUGAUCAGAUUUUGCAUGUUUCUAGUGUAGGUUUUUUUUUUUUUUUUUAAGGAAAUUAAGGAAGGCCCAGAAAUAAUAGCUUAAGGAUUGCUAAUCAUUGUUCUACAAAAAACAACCGAAUAGAUAAUAAAAGGAGAAAGUGGCCUGCGAGACCUAGAAAAGAUACUCUAUCUUGUCUUUGAUUAAAAACACCAGCAGUGUCAACAAGAAGCCUGAGAACCAUGAGACAACAUUGCCGCUGUCCCAUCUCUGAGCUUAAACAGUUUGCACAAAGCUUCUGAUUGCACAGAGAUCUUCAGCUGACAGUUUCUCAGGUUCUACAGACUCUCCUUCAGAAGUGAAAACUGCUUUUGUGCCCCCAUAAGGAAAUCUUGAUUCCCUAAUCUGGCUUUUUUGGGGGAGGGAUCUAACUAGCAUUUAUAGAGUAUUUUCUUCUACUACAUCAAAAUAUGCACUUUUAAGCUCAGACGAAAGUUUGAGUGAGGUAGACAACAUUGUGGGUCACAAUUCAAAUUUAAGAGAAUCGUACAAAGCAUUUUCUAAGACUGUGAAUCAAUGAAGCUAGGCAGUAAUGAAAAAAAAAAAGCCGGAAAUAUAAAAAUACUUGCAGGUGGAACAACACACUGCCAAAUAACACGUGGGUCAAAGAGAUCUCAGAUAAUUUUAAAAUGUCUUGAACUAGUGAUUCACUAAUUUGUACAAACACACACUUGAGAUUAUGGGACAUUUGGAGUCUUGAUUUUUGGAGAAAUUUAGCUCUGGUGACAGGCCACGGGGAACUCUGGUGUGACUCUGAUUCAACCAUCCCAUUCUUGUUUAUUUUCUACCCUGUGCUUUUUUUUCCUCUCAAGAAACUUGAGAGAUGAAUUUAUAGACUCGAAGUACAUCAUAGUUAGCUAUGAUUGUCCAUUGGCAUACUAGCCGACUGACGAGCCAUGGCAUUCAUCAGAAAUAUCUAAAGCACAUUAAAGAAGUUGUUUAAAUUUCAGAGCAUACAUAGAUUUUUAUAAUCAAUGACAUGUACCACCCUCUGCCUCUUUUGUGACUGGAGGUUGGAGUGAAUGUUGGAGAGCUGUGGGGGAGGUGUCUGUAUCACAUGGGAAAAUGCCUGGCAGAGGACUACUUUGUCCAGAUUUUAAUAAACAUAUUCCUGGAACAAAA